AUGAAGCUCGAGUGGCUGGAAGCCACGGUGCUUGCGGCCGCCACGGUUGCUAGUGCAAAGGAUCUUGCCUACUCUCCCCCCUUCUAUCCUUCUCCAUGGGCAACCGGUGAAGGUGAAUGGGCCGAGGCCUACAAGAAGGCUGUGGACUUUGUUUCUGGUCUGACUCUUGCCGAGAAGGUCAACAUCACGACCGGUGCUGGAUGGGAACAGGAGCGUUGUGUGGGUGAGACCGGCGGUGUCCCUCGACUUGGAAUGUGGGGAAUGUGCAUGCAAGAUUCUCCUCUCGGCGUUCGUAAUGCCGACUACAGCUCUGCCUUCCCCGCCGGUGUGAAUGUGGCUGCCACCUGGGACCGACGACUCGCGUACCAGCGUGGUACGGCCAUGGGCGAGGAGCAUCGCGACAAGGGUGUCGACGUGCAGCUUGGCCCCGUCGCUGGUCCAUUGGGCAAGAACCCCGACGGUGGUCGUGGCUGGGAAGGCUUUUCUCCCGAUCCGGUUCUGACCGGUGUUAUGAUGGCCGAGACAAUCAAGGGUAUCCAAGAUGCUGGUGUCAUUGCUUGCGCCAAGCACUUCAUCAUGAAUGAGCAGGAGCACUUCCGCCAGGCGGGUGAAGCCCAGGGAUACGGAUUCAAUAUUUCUCAGAGUUUGAGCUCCAACGUCGAUGACAAGACCAUGCACGAGCUGUACUUGUGGCCGUUUGUCGAUUCGGUUCGGGCCGGUGUGGGUUCCGUCAUGUGCUCUUACAACCAGAUCAACAACAGCUACGGGUGCUCCAACAGCUACACGCUCAACAAAUUGCUCAAGGGCGAGCUCGGCUUUCAGGGCUUCGUCAUGAGCGACUGGGGUGCGCACCACAGCGGUGUCGGUGACGCCCUUGCCGGUCUCGACAUGUCUAUGCCCGGUGAUGUGAUUCUUGGUAGCCCCUACUCCUUCUGGGGAACUAACUUGACCGUCUCUGUGCUGAACAGCACCAUCCCCGAAUGGCGUCUGGAUGACAUGGCCGUUCGUAUCAUGGCUGCCUACUACAAGGUCGGCAGAGAUCGUCAUCGCACUCCUCCCAACUUCAGCUCCUGGACCCGCGAUGAGUACGGCUACGAGCACUUUAUUGUCCAGGAGAACUAUGUCAAGCUCAACGAGCGUGUCAAUGUUCAACGUGAUCAUGCCAACGUCAUCCGCAAGAUUGGCUCCGACAGUAUCGUGAUGCUCAAGAACAACGGGGGUCUGCCUUUGACUCAUCAAGAGCGUCUGGUGGCUAUCUUGGGCGAGGAUGCUGGUUCCAACGCCUACGGCGCCAACGGCUGCAGUGACCGAGGCUGUGACAACGGUACCUUGGCCAUGGGCUGGGGCAGUGGAACGGCCAACUUCCCCUACCUGAUCACUCCCGAGCAAGCCAUUCAGAAUGAGGUUCUCAACUACGGCAACGGUGACACCAAUGUCUUUGCUGUCACAGACAACGGUGCCCUCAGCCAAAUGGCUGCCCUUGCUUCAACCGCAAGUGUUGCAUUGGUGUUCGUCAACGCUGAUUCGGGCGAGGGCUACAUCAGUGUGGACGGCAACGAGGGCGAUCGCAAGAACAUGACCCUGUGGAAGAACGGCGAGGAGCUGAUCAAGACCGCCACUGCCAACUGCAACAACACCAUCGUCAUCAUGCACACCCCCAACGCCGUCCUGGUCGAUUCAUGGUACGACAAUGAGAACAUCACUGCCAUUCUGUGGGCUGGUAUGCCCGGCCAAGAGAGUGGUCGUAGCUUGGUUGAUGUUCUCUACGGCCGCACGAACCCUGGUGGCAAGACCCCCUUCACCUGGGGUAAGGAGCGCAAGGAUUGGGGAUCUCCUCUUCUGACUAAACCCAACAACGGCCACGGUGCUCCUCAGGAUGACUUCACCGAUGUUCUGAUUGACUAUCGCCGUUUCGACAAGGACAACGUGGAGCCCAUCUUCGAGUUCGGCUUCGGUCUGAGCUACACCAAAUUUGAGUUCUCUGACAUCCAGGUCAAGGCGCUGAAUCACGGCGAGUACAACGCCACCGUGGGCAAGACCAAGCCUGCCCCUUCGUUGGGCAAGCCUGGUAAUGCCUCCGAUCAUCUGUUCCCCAGCAACAUCAACCGUGUGCGCCAGUACCUUUACCCUUACCUGAACUCGACCGAUCUGAAGGCGUCUGCCAACGACCCUGACUAUGGCAUGAAUGCAUCGGCGUACAUUCCUCCCCAUGCCACCGACAGCGACCCACAGGACCUUCUCCCCGCCAGCGGACCUUCCGGUGGCAACCCUGGUUUGUUUGAGGAUCUUAUUGAGGUGACUGCUACUGUCACCAACACCGGCUCAGUUACUGGUGACGAGGUUCCCCAGCUGUACGUUUCGCUUGGCGGUGCCGAUGACCCCGUUAAGGUCCUCCGUGCCUUCGACCGUGUCACGAUCGCCCCUGGUCAGAAGCUCCGGUGGACAGCAACCCUCAACCGUCGUGAUCUGUCCAACUGGGAUGUCCCAUCACAGAACUGGAUCAUCUCAGACGCCCCCAAGAAGGUGUGGGUGGGCAACUCGUCGCGCAAGCUGCCUCUUUCAGCCGAUCUGCCCAAGGUGCAGUAA